CACGCCUUCGUCACAUACGUCUCACAGGCAUGAUGGCGGCCUUCACUGUGGCUCGUAGUAGUGGCGGGUUGUUUAGCAGUUUGAGGGUUUCCUUCAGAAAUUUUGCAAAUAUAAAACAUGGCGCAGCAGCAGCGUCGUCACCAAAGUCCGCUCUCCUGCCGGACCGUCGUUGGUACUCGGUCAGUCACCUGUCCGUGAAGGAGAGGAUCGAGCAGAAACGGAAGGCGGCGCUAAUCGGGGGAGGUCAGAAGAGAAUAGAUGCACAACAUAAAAAGGGUAAGUUGACGGCCAGGGAACGAGUGGAGCUCCUACUGGACCCCGAGUCCUUUGUGGAGACGGACAUGUUUGUGGAGCACCGCUGCUCUGACUUCGGCAUGGAGCAGGACGCCAACAAGUUUCCUGGUGACAGUGUUGUGACUGGCCGAGGCAGGAUCAACGGCAGGCUGGUUUAUGUGUUCAGCCAGGACUUCACAGUGUUUGGUGGCAGCCUGUCGGGAGCUCAUGCUCAGAAGAUCUGUAAGAUCAUGGAUCAGGCCAUGACUGUUGGGGCUCCUGUUAUCGGAUUAAAUGACUCAGGAGGAGCUCGGAUCCAGGAGGGAGUAGAGUCCUUGGCCGGAUAUGCAGAUAUAUUUCUGAGGAAUGUUUUGGCUUCAGGAGUCGUCCCUCAGAUCUCCCUCAUCAUGGGCCCCUGUGCAGGAGGAGCCGUGUAUUCCCCUGCCCUGACAGAUUUCACCUUCAUGGUUAAGGACACGUCAUACCUGUUCAUCACAGGACCAGACGUGGUGAAGUCUGUAACGAAUGAAGACGUGACGCAGGAGGAGCUCGGUGGGGCCAAAACUCACACCACAGUCUCUGGUGUGGCUCAUCGCGCGUUUGAGAACGACGUUGAGGCUUUACUAAACCUUCGUGAGUUCUUCAACUUCCUUCCACUUAGUAAUCAAGAUCCAGCACCCAUAAGGGAGUGCCAUGACCCCAGUGAUCGUCUGGUGAAAUCGUUGGACACCAUCGUCCCGUUUGAGUCAACAAAAGCCUACGACAUGCUGGACAUCAUCCACGCUAUAGUGGAUGAGAGGGACUUCUUUGAGAUCAUGCCCAACUAUGCUAAAAACAUUGUGGUGGGAUUUGCCAGAAUGAAUGGGCGCACCGUAGGGAUUGUGGGUAAUCAGCCCAAAGUAGCUUCUGGUUGUUUAGACAUCAACUCCUCGGUCAAAGGGGCCCGUUUUGUUCGCUUCUGUGACGCCUUCAACAUUCCCAUCAUCACUUUUGUGGAUGUUCCAGGUUUUCUGCCAGGUACCGCCCAGGAGUACGGAGGCAUCAUCAGACAUGGAGCCAAACUGCUGUACGCCUAUGCAGAGGCCACGGUGCCAAAAAUCACAGUCAUCACCAGGAAGGCUUAUGGAGGAGCCUAUGAUGUGAUGAGCUCCAAACACUUAAGAGGAGAUGUGAAUUAUGCCUGGCCAACAGCGGAAGUUGCUGUCAUGGGUGCCAAGGGUGCUGUUCAGAUCAUAUUCAGAGGAAAGGAAAACCAGGCCGAAGCAGAGGCUGAAUACGUGGAGAAGUUUGCCAAUCCUUUCCCAGCAGCCGUCAGAGGUUUUGUCGAUGACAUCAUUGAGCCUUCGUCCACCCGAAAGAAGAUCUGCAGCGAUCUGGAGGUGCUGGCCAGUAAGAAACAAGUCAACCCGUGGAAAAAGCAUGCCAACAUUCCUCUUUGAAGCCCUUCUGAUCCGCCCGGCUGCACGGAGUGCCUGUUUUUGUUUUCUGGUUCAGAUGAACUGUAGGAGCUCCUCUGGAAAGCGGCCAAGCAGAUGGCUGUCACAUUUGUUUACCACUCCAGGGUCACAAGCUUUCCCUCAUUUCGUUACUUUUCAUCUCACUUUUCCACAGUGCUCAUGCCCUUAUAUAGAACCAAGAAUGAUUUAAUCUGGAUCUGAAUUAUCAAACAGUUGGAAGUGAAUUUUAUGGGUGUCAGAAGCUUGUUGGCUAUUUUUUUUUUUUUUUU